AUUACAACAUGUCCUUUUUUCCCUCUCCCACACUUCUUCUGACCAACCGUCCCAAUUUUUUCACCCCAAUUUACCCUUCCCCCUUUCCUUCUCCUCAAAGCUUCAUUUAACAAGGACACUAGUGGCACUUCCGUAGUUUCCUCCUAAAUCAAGGGUAAAACACUAUACGCGGUAUAUACGAUGGGAUUUAAACGCGGUUUCUUUCCCUACGUAACGUAACACUCCACAAACAAAGCACACAGCACACAAACACUAUCACUCAAAAACCACUUUUCUCUGUUCUUUGUUCUUCUUCACCUUCUUUUACUUUACUUAUAUUAUCUCAUUAAUCAAAUUUAUAUAUUAAAAAAAAAAAAAACCUAUGGACCAUCACAUCCUUAAAUCCUCUGAAUUAUUCCACUGAAUCUCAAUUUCUAUUUUUCUUUAUAAUAAUAAUUCAUCAAGAUCCUUAAAUUUCUUUUUUAUUAAUUUUUAUUUUAUGCUAUGGGUUCUCUUGACUGUGUUCCAUCGCUUGAUCAUGGGAUGGCGGUUUUGCCGUUGAAUUCGCUUCCGUUAGGGUUCCGAUUUCGACCUUCCGAUGAGGAACUUGUUGAUUACUAUCUACGUUCUAAGAUCAAUGGGAAUGGUGAUGAGGUUUGGGUUAUUCGAGAGAUUGAUAUCUGCAAAUGGGAACCAUGGGAUAUGCCUGGUUUGUCGGUGAUACGAAACAAGGAUCCAGAGUGGUUCUUCUUCUGUCCACAGGAUCGAAAGUAUCCAAACGGACAUCGAUUGAACAGAGCAACAACUCAUGGUUAUUGGAAGGCAACGGGAAAGGAUCGUAGAAUCAAGUCUGGAAACAUCUUGAUUGGAAUGAAGAAGACUCUAGUUUUCUACAGUGGUCGUGCACCCAAAGGGAAGAGGACUAAUUGGGUUAUGCACGAGUAUCGUCCCACUCUGAAGGAGCUUGAUGGUACCAACCCUGGACAGAAUCCGUAUGUCCUCUGUCGGUUAUUUAAGAAAAAUGAUGAGAGCCUUGAAGUUUCAAACUGUGGUGAAGUGGAGCAAGCUACUCCAGCUCCUUUGACUGCCAAUUACUCUCCUGAAGAAAUACAAUCGGAUCAAGCUCCUAUUACGGCAUCCACAUCACAGGUCACAGAAGAGGAUAAACAGCUGCCCUUUAUCCCCGAUGUCUCUGAGGAAACCAUAUCUAAUGUUAUAACCUCGGUCGAUUGCCAUAGUGACGGAUAUGAUGCUCAUGAUGCCCAAAAUCAAAUUGUUAAACAAGCUGCAGAGGAGGAUCAGGCGUCAAUCUUGGACAUGUAUUAUAACCCAAAAGACGGCCUAUUAUUAGAUGACAGAUUAUUCUCCCCAGUUUUGGCGCACAUGCCACAAGAAUUUAAUUAUCAAGCAAACAAUGAAUCAGAUGGUCAAUAUGGGCUUCAAUAUGGUACAAAUGAGAUAAACAUUUCGGACUUUUUAAAUUAUAAUCUUAAUUGGGAUCAACUUCCUUCUGAGGAGUUCAGUAGUCACCAGCAGAACUUCUCCUUGUUUAAUGUUAUUAAAGACAAUGGUUCAGGAAGUGAAUCAGAAGCGGGCUCUAAUAUAACUGGUAUGCAAGCUGCUUAUUCUCAAGAAGCAAUUGCCAGAAGCUUUCCUUCUGCGACAACACCAUCAUUUAACACCUUUGACCAUAGUGGCGAUGAUCAAAAGAGCAAUGUUGUAUUAUUGCAAAACAAUUUCCAGACAUCUUUUCCAUCGGAUGUUAAUUAUGGUGAAGUGUGCAAUGUUGUCAAUGGUUAUGAUCAACCAAGUAACUAUAAUAAUACAGUUAUGCCUGCUGAAAGUGGAAUCAUUAGAAGGGCCAGACCGGCACGAGACGAACAAUUGAAGACAAAUCAUAUGCAAGGUACUGCUCAAAGGAGAAUCCGUUUGAAGGUUGAACAGGUCGCAGAUGGGAGUUCUACACAAGAACAGCACAAUUCAAAACCAAGCAUCGCAGUGGAGAAGAAAGCUGCAGAAGAUCAUGCUGCUGAUGCUGAAAGUGCUACUCGUACUAAUCAUGCGUAUAAACAGCAGAAGGCAUCCAAGUCAAUUGACAAUAGAAAGAUUUCACAGAAAGCUGCAAAUGCUGGGGGGCUAGGAGACUUUUUAUCUGUAGGAAGGGGGCCUUUCAGAUCAAAGACUUCCUCAAACCGCGUCACCUUGUGGUCUUCGGUUUUUGUAGUUUCUGCAUCCGUACUGGUUUCAUUAGUAGCCUUUACUAACAUAUGGGAAUAUAUUAAGUUUUGAACUGCUAGCAGGAUCAUUCCUUUGAUUGUAAUUUGUCUCCAUUUCUUUUUUGGGCCAGUUGAGGGGAGGCUGUAGGGUUUAACUUUCUUAACAUUCCUUGAUAACUCGACGUAUGUGUGUGCGCAUAUAUAUAUAUAGCGUAUAAUAUGUAUCACCCACCACCCAGUUGGCUAGUUUGUAGACUCUGCUUUUGUACAUUAAGCUUAAUCAGUUUCUUCAUUUUAAGUUUCA